CAACUGCAGAGCUACAUUUAGCUGGAAAUAAUUUGAAUUUGGGACCUCUCAUCUGUGGUGGCUGUGCAGUACAAAGCUCUCCAAACCACACAACAUGAAUGUGAAAAGUUAUAUGUUAAUAGCCCUUCUGGUUGGGGUAACCUGCAUCAACUUAUCUUGGGAAAAGCCAUCAUCCAUAAUGAACAGAUGCAAGUGCAGAGGUGGCACAACCCGACUGAGCCCCAGCAGCAUUCAAAAACUGAUGGUCCUUCCAAUUCCAAACUGCCCCCUCCAAAUCAUAGCCACUUUGAAAAACAAUGGUAACCAGAUCUGCAUUCACCCUAAAACAAGAUGGCUCCGUUUCAGAAGUCGACAUCUGAAAUCCAUGAUGUAAAGGCGGCAAAGGUGUGCUGAACCUGCGUGCUGAUGCGACAAAAGAAAAAUGUGACACCCUUAUGUAUUCCAUGCAGACUGCCUUCACGCACUGUAUAUUACCCAGUAACCAGCAGUCGAAAGUAAACUGUAGUGAUAUAAUUUACAAGCUGAAUGCCUAUAGCAGUACAUGGUGACUUAUGUCUUAAGGUUCACUGUGACGAUCGUCUUUAUUAGUCUUUCAUCUACGUCAUGUUAGCCUUAUGUUUGAGCCUUUAAAAAGAAACAUAUGAAGCCAAGCAUGUGCAUCACAAUUAGGCAGUGGUUCAAUCCUGUAGUUUUGAUGGGAUUCAAAAGUUGCCAAUGUGACACUGAAACUUGCUGUCUUUGCCUAUUAAUAUACUUGGAUCUAGCUGCCCGACAGCCUCAAUCAAACAAUUCAAUUUUAUGUCCAGAAUAAACAUGGUCAACUUCGUGUAAUCUCAAAGCUGGAAUUAUUGCAUAACAGGGUGGGGUUAUUUUGGAGGUUCCCCCCAGUCCCAACUGUGACUCCGGUGGGAGACUGAUGGAAGUGGCUGCUUGCCCUGGGGAUGCAUUGCUCUCCCACCAGGGUCUCAGCUGGGGACUGGUGGGAUUUAAGUUUAAUUCACAAGGGGCAUAGGUUACAAGCACACUGGUUGAUAUUUGCAGAGUCCUGCAUUUGUAUUAAUAUCAAAGAGCUUGCAGGAGUUUAUAAAGUUGUAGAGCGGUGUGGUAAAACAGAGUAUGUAACCUAAAUGCCACAACAGCGAAGAAUUCACCUUAACUGGGAAGCCAAAUGCAUCAUUCCACGGUGAGGCUUUGGCGCCAAAGGGGAAAUGAUGCAUCCAUCCCAGUAGACAGGGCAAGGAAACCUUGCAGGAAAAAUAAACAUAACAGCAGUCAAUGGCAGGUCCACAAAUCAUUAAUAACAGUCAGAAAUGUUUGGGUGAGAAGGUAAUCUCUUGGCGUUUUGGUCUGCUUCUCGCAAAAUAUAAACAUAUGUUGAUAAUGCCAAAAAUAAUGAAAAAUAUUUUUCCCCAUGUGUUUUAACACAUGCAAAAAAAAAAUUCAAGCUAUUUCUUUCAAUUUGGGCAUUUUGCAUUGAAAGUUGCCUGUGUGCCGCAGAAUGUCUUUCAGAGUGUUCAUUUGGAUCAGUUGUCAGUGGUCUCACCCUUGAGUCAGAAAAUGAUGGGUUCAAGUCUCGCUCCAGGGAGUGAGGAAAGAAGCUAAGAUUAACAUACUGAGUCUUGUACUGAGAUCAGCUGUUAAUACUGGAUCCGCUCUCCCUUCUUACGCAGACGUUAAAGAUCACACAACAAUAACUGAAAAAGGUCGGAUGUUCUUCUGAAUACUCUGACCCACAAUACUUUCAUCAAUCAUGCACCUCAUAGCAGUUUGAAGGAUCUGGCUGUGGGCAAAAUCGGUUUGCAAUAAUGUUGACUUCAUUUCAAUUUAUUGUAUGCAAGGUGUUCUUUGUAGCACUCAGAGAGCUGUGCUGAGGUACUUAUAAAUGCAAGUCCUGCAGAAAACCCUUGCGGAAGAUUUUUGAGUGGAGAAUACCAAAUGCAAAGCGUUUUUUUGGCAAAAAUAUGCAAGAGAAAGCAUUUAAGCAAGUUGGGAUACAUUUAAAACGUAUAUACAUUAAAAUCGUAUAAUCGAAAGUUAUUGACAAUAAGAUGAAUGCUAUAACUAUUAUUGACAUAGAUUCAAUUAUAUUAAACCGUAUCAAAUUCUGGGGGAUUGGGUGGGCGAGGAAGGUCGAUUUAUUUAGAGGAACUUAAAGCAUGGUGGUCUGAAUAAAAAGUGAAUUACUUUCAGAAAUUGAUCUAUAUAUAGGACCCCAAGGAACAAGUGUAUUCUAUAUUCUAUAAGUCAGUCAUUAUAAGCACAAAUCUGCACAAUGGUAACUGAUUUCUCUCCCUUACCUAAUGAUCUGUAUCAGCUAUUGAUUUUGUCCUUGAAUAUUCUACAUUGUUUUCUAAAUAUUUCACAAGUAUGGUAACAACCAGUAAUUGCAAAUUCUGAUGCCUUUCUGUCUGACAGCAUUUCUUGAGUCAGGAUUGCUCAUUGUAACACAAUACAAUGCCAUUUUUAUACGGUUCCUUCUAAUUCUUUCUAAAUUUACAAAGCCUUUGUGCAUACUCCCAGGAGUUCAGAUUGCUUUGUUUGUGGCCUCUGUCUGAUUUCCUGCCCCGAACCUAUGACUGUUGCAAAGGAAAGUUAAAAGAAUUUGUGAAAUUAAGGUUGCUUAUGGAGUUCCUUAUGUGGAGAGAGAUGGAACUGCCACACAAAAGCUUUCUGUUCGAACAAUGGGAAAUGCCUGUACAAUGUUUGAGCACUAAUUUGCAUUAUUAUACAAAAUAAAAGCAUUUUGAAUUUAA